CAUCUCAGACCACUGCAAUCUACUACUUUGUGGCCAGUACCAACUUGAAGUACUAGGGCUCACUGCUAACUUCAGCUGCAAACAAGCACAUCAUCCUACUCGCAGUCUUGCACCCUUCAACUUGCAGGAUGCCCGAUACCAGGACCAGUUUACCCCCGUUUCUAGACUCUCUGGCACCAGAUUCCAGCGUUUCAUAUAUGAAUGCUCUUUUUCCUUCCAGUGACGAUAUACCAUCUGUACAUGUGCACUGGUGGCCGUGUAAACGAGCAAGUGUAUCACCCUCCACAAUUCUACUCUUUAUACCAGGAAACCCUGGUAUCAUCGACUUCUAUCAUCCGUUUCUCACCGCAAUACACAACCAGGACAGGUCUGGGACAUUGGCGAUACUGUCACAUUCACAUAUCGGACAUGACCCUGCUACCGAGGAUCUUGCACCAGCACGCCGCACUUCAUUUAAUCAUGCGUUGACAUUUCAGAUUCGAAAUUCCCUUCGAAUUUUCGAUGCUUUGACCACAUCUUUUGGCGUCAAUACACGUAUUGUGAUCGCUGGCCACAGCGUUGGUUCAUGGGUAGCUCUGCAGGUCUUGAAACUACGGUCCGCCGCUGUUUCGGGAGUUUUCUUCCUUUUUCCGACUAUCACCAACAUUGCGUACACACCGAAUGGUCGACUGUUGUCGCGUUUGUUUCGGCCUCCGUUUCCGCGCAUUACAUCACAGGUUGCUCGGGUAUUGCGUCUUGUGCCACUAAUCAUCCUUCGUCAAAUAUUUCCACAAUACCCGAUCUCACAACUCAAGGUUCUUCGGUCAUUUCUGCUAUCUCCUUCAUCAAUCUUUGCUGCGAUGACGAUGGCACACGAUGAAAUGCUCAACAUUAAGGAACUGGACGCUGCCACCUUGGACAAAUACCGCCACCAGCUUUGGUUUUAUUUCGCAGAUCACGAUGACUGGGUUGACCAAGGAAGAGAAACGAUUCUCCAGGUCUUCAGGGCAGACCCUGGCACUGUGAAAGUCGUGCACGGACACCGUGAUAUCCCACAUGCAUUCUGCAUCAACAAUAGCGAAGAAGUAGCAUUGGAGUGUUAUGAGUGGCUCGUUUCUGGGGGAUUCGUGUGAUUAGAUACACUAUCACGUCUGCCCUUGACCGCAAUCUAUAUAAUGCGCUGUUUUCUUUGCGCCUUAGCACGCCAUAAA